AUGAACAGACAAGUGUGCAAGACAUCCGGAGGCGGCAGCCUGGGCUUCUCCGGCCGCUCUGCCGUGGUCUCUGGCAGCAGCGGCGGCGGCAGCAGCAGCAGGAUGAGCUGCGUGGCCCGCUCAAUGGCAGCUGGCGGAGGGGCCUCUGGGUUCCGGGGUGGAGCAGGUGGCUUUGGCAGCCGCAGCUUGUACAACCUGGGGGGCCAUAAGAGCAUCUCCUUGAGUGUGGCAGCUGGUGGCUCCCGGGCUGGUGGCUUUGGGGGAGGGCGAAGCAUCUGUGGCAGUGGCUUUGGAGGUGGCUUUGGGGGUGGCUUUGGAGGUGGCUUUGGGGGUGGCUUUGGAGGCGCAGGUGUAUUUGGAGGAGCAGGUGGCUUUGGGGGAGCAGGUGCAUUUGGGGGAGCAGGUGGCUUUGGGGGAGCAGGUGGCUUUGGUGGCCCUGGUGGCUUUGGUGGCCCUGGUGGCUUCCCUGGAGGCAUCCAGGAAGUGACUGUCAAUCAAAGCCUGCUGCAGCCCCUCAAUGUGGAGAUCGACCCCCAGAUUGGGCAAGUGAGGGCCCAGGAGCGGGAGCAGAUCAAGACCCUCAACAACAAGUUCGCCUCCUUCAUUGACAAGGUGCGCUUCCUGGAGCAGCAGAACAAGGUCCUGGAGACCAAGUGGGAGCUGCUGCAGCGACAGGGCCCCAACUCCGUCACAGGCACCAACAACCUUGAGCCGCUUUUUGAGAAUCGCAUCAAUUUCCUGCGGAGCUACCUGGACAGCAUCCUCGGGGAGAGGGGCCGCCUGGACUCGGAGCUGAGAAGCAUGCAGGACCUGGUGGAGGACUUCAAGAAGAAGUAUGAAGACGAAAUCAACAAACGCACAGCUGCUGAGAACGAAUUUGUGACCCUGAAAAAGGACGUGGACGCCGCCUACAUGAACAAGGUGGAGCUCCAGGCCAAGGUGGACUCCCUGAUGGACGAGAUCAACUUUCUGAGGACCCUGUACGAUGCGGAGCUGUCCCAGAUGCAAAGCCACGUCAGCGACACGUCCGUGGUGCUGUCCAUGGACAACAACCGUAACCUGGACCUGGACAGCAUCAUCGCUGAGGUGCGCGCCCAGUACGAGGACAUCGCCCAGAGGAGCCGCGCCGAGGCCGAGGCCUGGUACCAGACCAAGCUGGGAGAGCUGCAGACCACGGCUGGCAGGCACGGGGACGACCUGAGGAGCACCAAGAACGAGAUCGCGGAGAUCAACAGGAUGAUCCAGAGACUGCGAAACGAGAUCGAGAACGUUAAGAAGCAGAACGCCAGCCUGCAGACGGCCAUUGCAGAAGCCGAGCAGCGCGGGGAGCUGGCCCUCAAGGACGCCAACGCCAAGCUCCAAGAGCUGCAGGCUGCCCUGCAACAGGCCAAGGACGACCUGGCCCGGCUGCUGCGGGAUUACCAGGAGCUCAUGAACGUGAAGCUGGCGCUGGACGUGGAGAUCGCCACCUACCGCAAGCUGCUGGAGGGCGAGGAGAGCAGGAUGUCCGGAGAGUGCCAGAGUGCCGUCAGCAUCUCUGUGGUCAACAGCAGUAGCACGACCUCAGCCGCCGCAGGUGGUUACGGCGGCGGUUACGGCGGCGGCUACGGCGGCGGCUUCGGCGUGGGAGCCGGUGCAGGCAGCGGCUUUGGCCGGGGAGGAGGCAGCGGAUUGGGCGGCGGCAGCGGAUUGGGCGGCGGCAGUGGAUUCGGCGGCGGCAGCGGAUUGGGCGGCGGCAGCAUUGGUUUCAGCGUUGGCAGCAGCGGGUUUGGCUCUGGCUCUGGGGGUCGCAGCGGAGUCAGCCUCGGAGGCUUCAGCUCCGGCAGCAGCAGCCGGGGCAGCAGCGUGAAGUUCUCCCAGUCUUCCCAGCGCUACUCCAGAUAA